AUGAUUUACCUAAAAUUAAACCAAGCCUUGGACGGUAUUAGAGAUGAGUUGUGUUUAAUCGAUGAAGAAUUGAAAAAAAUUUUACACAAAGAAAAUAAUAAUCUCGAUUAUCUCAGCCAAGUUAUGAUAUCUGACAACUGUGCAUCUAAAAAGGUGCACACAAUAAACAAAUACUUACAGAACACAUCAAAUAAUUUUGCUAUAACAUAUUCUUUACAAAAUAGUACAGAAACUUUCGACCUUGUCUGUGACCAAAAAGGAGAUUCAGAUGUAUAUAAUUCUGCGAAUCUCACUAGUGAAGGAAGGGAGUUCACCCCUGAGAAGAUGAAUCAGAAGGAGAACCGCAAAAGGGAAGAUUCUACUACUUUGGUUCGCAUGAAGAAUUCUGAACACGUUGUCGAUUCAACACAAAUGGCUAGUUCGAUUCACUUGAACAGCCAUUUCAAUUUAAAUGAAACAUUUCAAACGAAGAGUCAGAAAAAAAACUCAACAAGAAGUGACACACUGUUCAUGAACGAAGGUAUAAAGAAAAAUUCAAUCGAUCAUACGGGUCACAAGUGUAUCCAGAAAGUUGAUAAUCUGAAAUGUCUUUCUAUGGACAGUCAUUCAAAAAAUGAGAAGACGCUUGACGAGGCUGUUUCCAUUCAGAAAAUGGAAAAUUCGAAUAAUGACACUGACGUGGUAGAUGCAUCUCUGGAAACGAGGGAAGUUGGAGAAGUGGAAAUAUUUAACAAAGUCAAAAAAGCGAGUGUUUCUAACGAAGUCAAAGAAGCAGAUGCAUCUAAUGAAGUCAGAAAAGAGAGUGCAUCUAAUGAGGUCAAAAAAGCGAGUGCAUCUAAUGAAGUCAGAAAAGAGAGUGAUUCUAGCGAAGUCAAAGAAACGGAAACAUCUAACGAACUCAAAGACAUGGAUGAAUCUAACGAAGUCAGGAAAAUGAGUGAUCCUAAUGUGGUCAAAAAAGCGAAUGCUUCUAAUGAGGUGAAAAAAGCGAAUGCUUCUAAUGAAGUCAGAAAAGUGAGUGCUUCUAACGAAGUCAAAGAAACGGAAACAUCUAAAGAAGUCAAAGACAUGGAUGAAUCUAACGAAGUCAGGAAAAUGAGUGAUUCUAAUGAAGUCAGGAAAAUGAGUGCAUCUAAUGAGGUCAAAGAAGCGGAUGUAUGUAAUAAUGUCAGAAAAGGGAGUGCAUCUAAUGAGGUCAAAAAAGAGAGUGUUUCUAAUGAGGUCAAAAAAGCGAGUGUUUCUAACGAAGUCAAAGAAACGGAUGUGUCUAAUAAAGUCAGGAAAAUGAGUGCAUCUAAUGAAGUAAGAAAAGAGAGUGCUUCCAAUGAGGUCAAAAAAGGGAGUGCAUCUAAUGAGGUCAAAAAAGCAAAUGCUUCUAAUGAAGUCAGAAAAGUGAGCGCUUCUAACGAAGUCAAAGAAACGGAAACAUCUAACGAACUCAAAGACAUGGAUGAAUCUAACGAAGUCAGGAAAAUGAGUGAUUCUAAUGAGGUCAGAAAAGAGAUUGCAUCUAACGAAGUCAAAGAAACGGAUGCAUAUAAUAAUGUCAGAAAAGGGAGUGCAUCUAAUGAGGUCAAAGAAGCGGAUGUGUCUAAUAAAGUCAGGAAAAUGAGUGCAUCUAAUGAGGUCAAAGAAGCGGAUGCAUAUAAUAAUGUCAGAAAAGAGAUUGCAUCUAAUGAGGUCAAAAAAGAUAGUGCUUCCAAUGAAGUCAGAAAAGGGAGUGCAUCUAAUGAGGUCAAAGAAGCGGAUAUGUCUAAUAAAGCCAGAAAAAUGAGUGCUUCUAACAAUGCCAUAGAAAUGAGGGUGUCCAUAAAAAACUCAGAUCACGCCCCUGAGGGACAGCAAAAACUUCAAAAGUGUACAAUGUAUGGAAAAGAAAAUAGUCAACAGAAAAUCGAAAAGUGUGAUAUCGGUUCGUCUGAGAAUGAUGUAGAUCAAUGGGAAAAGGAUGGGGAGUAUGUGAGAAAUGGUGAAAAGGAAGAAAGGUGCGAUGACGAAAGGAAGGAGUCACCCGAUGACAGAUGCAGAGAGAAUUCAUUCCUGAAUGCAAUACAGAACCUUUUUCUUAGAAACAAAAAAAGUGUUCAGAAGGAGUCAGAAGAAAAACAAGAAAAAGAGAAAGAAGUAGAGAUUUAUAAUUUAAAAAGUGAAAGUGAAAAAUCCCAAAGUAAAGAAUUUAAUAAAACGAAAGAACAUGCUCAAAAUGAUAAUGAAAAUAUACAUGAAAUUAAAAGUUUAAAUAAUCAGAAAGAUGUAGAUUCAGAGAAAAAAUAUUUUGAUAUGGAAAUGCAAAAUGGAAUUUCUGUUUGCACAUGUGUGAAGUCAGAAGGUGAAGAUAUUCAUAUGAACAAUCAGGAGAAUAAUUAUUUAGAUGAAUCUCUAAGUAUGAUUAAAACUAAACUUAGUGUAGAUUGUGUAAUAAAUAAAAGAAACAUGACUAAAUAUGAACAAAAGUCACAUAAUAACGGAGGUGAAACAUACGAUUGCGUAAGCAGAAUACCCAAUCUCGAUAAGGAAAAAUAUACCAAUGCAACUAUCUCCAAAUGUGUAGACUCUACUAAUACAAUAAAUAAAUAUAAAAGUGAAUGUAACACUUGGGGUGAUAUUAAUAAGAGCGAAGAAGAUGGAAAAGUCAACAGAAAAAAAAGUGAAAGAUUUAGUAGUUGUGAUUACAUGGAUGAGGGGCAUAUAAUGAACAAAGUAAACUCAAAAUCAUUUGCAAAGGAUUAUAGAAAUGAAAUGGACAGGAAAGUAACAUGCCAAGAUAAACUGGAUCAAAUGGAAAGAAGCAGAAGUAGAAAUGAAGUUACAUCUAAUGCACAGAACGGAACAGCCAAAUCUGAACCCAUUUAUAUCUCUAGCAAAACUAGCGAAAUGGGAAAAGACAUGGAAAUGCACAACGAGGGAGAGAGUAAACAUUAUCAACAUGCUUCAAAUGAUAUUGACAGUAAUUACAUAAAUAAAAAAAAAAGCGAAAGAUUUAAUACUAUUGUAACGGAUGAAGCAAAUGAAUUGGAAAAGGGUAAAAUAAAAAUGAACGAAGAAAUUUUGAGAAAGCGUAAUUUCACAGGAGCUACAGAUAUGACUAAUGUACCAAGUUCAGGACGAUUCUGUAUGAACGAAUCAGGCGAUUUGAAUGAAUAUAAUGAAAAUAAAUCGUACAUUAACAGUUCAGAAAAUUUGUUGCAAAAAAGUGCCAAUUAUAUACCACAUGCUAACAUAUCACUGUAUUCAACUGAAAAUAUGGAAAGGCCUUCUCGGAUUGGCAGUAAAAAAGAAAUAAGUGUAGAAAAUGAAAAUGAGUUACAUAUAGACAGUGCGAAAAUAUUAAGAACUAACAAUUCAGGAAAUUUAGUCGAAUAUAACACAAGGAAGACCUCAUAUAUAAACAAAUCACACGAUUUGAAUGAAAGAAAUUUAAAAAAAAACUCGAAUAUUAACAAUGUGGAAAUUUUCAAUGAAAAACAUACAAGAGAAGAUUCCUACAUGAACAAGUCAUUCGAUUCGAAUAAAAGCAGUUCAAAGAAGACUUCAUAUAUCAAAAAAUCACGCUAUUUGAAUGAAAAAAAUUCAGAAUUAAAUGUAGACAAUGAGAAAAACAUGGGUAUCAGCAGGUCAAACGGUUUGAAAGAAUCAAGUGCAAAGAAAGAUUCAUGUGUUAACAUUUCAGACAAUUUAAAUGGAUCUCAUUCGAAGGAUGAAUCUUUUUUGACACAUCGAAACAAUUCAAAUAUAAAAAAAUUAAAAAAAUCAAGUGCUAUAAAGUCAGACAUUCCUAACGACCCUACUAAAAACGCCACAUGCAUUAGCGUGUCAGCAUAUUUUAAUGAAAGUAAUACAGAAAAUGGAUCGUGCAUGAAUGGUUUAUCCAAUUCAAAUGAAAAUGAAGCAAAGAGAAACUCACAUAAAAGUAAUUCAGAAGGAAUCGAAGAAAAAGGAGGGAAGAAAAUUUCACUCAUAAACAUAGCAAGCGAUAAUACUGAAAACAAAACAAUGAAGAUUAGCAAUACAGGGAGUUUAAUGGAAUCAAGAGAAGAUCCUCCACAUAUUAUAAAUUCAGAAAAAUUAAGUUACUCAAUUCUGAACACGGGAUCACACGUGAACACUUCAGAUGACGUUCGCAAAGUUAUGGGGAAGAAUUCCAAGAUUAACAGUUCAAGUGAUUUAUCUGAAAACGAGCCAGAGAAGACUACAUAUAUGAACAGGAUAGACGAUCCGAAUGAAAGCACAGAACCCAUCUCACAUAUUAACAGUUCACGUUAUAUAACUGAAAACAACACAGAGACUGAGAAGAUCUUACAUAUAAAGAGAGAAAAAAAUUCUGAGAAAAAUGGUUCAAAGAAAACCUCGUACAUAAAGAUGUCGCAUGAUAUGGGUGGAAAAAAACAUUCAGAAGAAUCAGACAUAGACAAUACGACAAAAUUAAGUAUUAACGGUUCAGAUUAUUUGAAUGAUAGUAAUUCAAGGAACUCUCAGCUCGAAAGGAAUCAACAUUUGAAUGAAUAUGAUAAUACAAAAAAGGGUUCCUAUAUGAAAAGGACAGAUGAUUUGAUCGAGAAUAACGGAAAGGUUUCAUGUUUUAAAAAAUCAGACUAUGCAAAUGAAAGUAACCCGAAGAAGAUUUCACACAUGAACAGUGCAAUCAGUCUCUGUGAGAGAAAUGCAGAUGGAUUCAGUAUUACCACGUCAGACUGUUCGAAUGAAAAAAACGGAGAGAAACCUUCGUAUACUGACAGGUCAGAUGGUUUACAAAAAAACUUCUCCAAGAAGGGUUCUUAUAUUAACAGUGCUGAUGAUGUGAAUGAAGAAGAAGACAGAAAGAUUUUUUCAUGUAUUAAUGGUGAACUCGAUUUCAAUGAAAACAAUUCAAAUGUAUUAACAGGUAUAGGUAACAUGAUGCAACUCAGUAGCAACAUUUCUGUUCAUUCGUUUGAAAAUAGCCCAAAGGAGGAAUCGUAUAUAAGCAAUUCCUGUGAUAUAUUUAAAAACAACCCAAGGACGACCUUAAAUGUGAAAAGGUCAAAAGAUUUAUCUGAAAACAAUGCAGAGAAAAUUAAAUGUAACAACGGAUCAGGUGAUAUGAGUGAAAAUACUUCAAAGAAAUUAAGCGUAGACAAAUUGUCCAACUUUAGUGUUCACAAAUCAGGAGAUGUGAAUGAAAAGGAUUCAAAGGGAGGGUCAUAUAUGAACAGAUCAGGUGGUGUAUCUGAAAACAAAACAGAACAGAUUCCAUAUAUGGACAGGUCAGGUGGUGUAUCAGAAAACAACACAGAGCAGAUUCCAUAUAUGGACAGGUCAAGUGGUGCACUUGAAAAGAAUAGAGAGAAUAUCUCCUAUAUUAACAGAUCAAGCAAUGAGAACGCAAAGCGGUCAAAGAUGGCUUCGAUUAACACCAGAUCAGGAGUACUUAAAGAAAACAAGUCCCACGAAAUUUCUUACAAGAUUCGGUCAGAAUACUCGAAAGAAAACGGCUCAAAGAAAAAUUCCUAUACUAGCAGUGUAGUCGAUGCGAAUGAACACAACAAAAAUAAUUUAUGCAUACAGAGGUCAGGUGGAUUAAUCGAAGGCAGAGAAAACGACACUUGCAGGAAUAGGACAGACGGAUUAAUCGAAGGCAGAGAAAACGACACUUGCAGGAAUAGGACAGACGGAUUAAUCGAAGGCAGAGAAAACGACACUUGCAGGAAUAGGACAGACGGAUUAAUCGAAGGCAGAGAAAACGACACUUGCAGGAAUGGGUCAGGUGGAUUAAUCGAAGGCAGAGAAAACGACACUUGCAGGAAUAGGACAGACGGAUUAAUCGAAGGAAGAGAAAACGGCACGUGUACGAAUAGGUCAGACGGAUUGAUCGAAAAUAAAAACAAGGCUUCGCACACGCACAUGAAUAACGAACUGGGCGAUAUUCAGCCGAAGGAUGGAUCCAGGAAAAAUAGGCUAAUUAGUGAAAAUUUAAAACCGAUUAAAAAAUUGAGAGAAUAUUUUGUUCAUGGGGAAAAUGACUCAGAUUUGUUAACAGACAGGAUGAGUAACACAAGUGGAGAACCACAAAAAGGGAAUUUAAAAGAAAAAAACAAUGAAAAAUACGACUCUUAUGAUUUUAAGAAUAUCACGGGAAAAUAUAAAUUUCAAAUGAACAUGGAAGAGGAUGAAAUAAAUGAAUUACAAAAAAAAUUAAAAGAUGAAUUUCAAAUGCUACAUGCAAUGAGUAAAAAGAAAAAUAGUCUUAAAAACAUAUUCGAAAAUAAUGCACAUGUAAAAUGUAUGACAUCACAAGAAUACAUGAAUAACGAAGACCAGUAUGAUCGGGUUGAUUUAAAACAUUCGACAAGCGUAAAUCCAGAAAAUAAUUUUGACGAAAUGAGUGAAAUGAAUUCGAAGGGAGAUUUACCUGACCUUAAAAAUGAAAGUGUAUUUAAAGACACACAGCCAGAGGAAAAUUGGAGCAUGCUCAAUUUUUCCACGGAAAUGAGUAAUCGCGAAAAGAAGAAGAUUAAAAAGUGGAAGUCACUCAGGAUGUCGAAGGGGUACAAAGACGAUUGGCUUUCUUCUGAUGCCCUUUUAUGGUGUUUUUUGAAUUACAUAGAAUUGAAAAAAAUUGUAAAUAUAACUGAGUUAUCGGUUAAAUUUCAAACAAAACGGGAGAACAUAAGAAAAAAACUUAAAGAACUGGAAGAACUGGACAUGAUCCAAGGAGUCAUGGACAAAGAAGAGAACUAUAUCUACUUGUCACAAGAAGAGGUUACUAAAUUGUGCAUGGAAAUAUUGUCUAUUGAGGAAAUAAAAACUCAAGAAGAUUUUGUAGAAAUAUGUAAUAAGGUCAUAUCUCUAAGGAUUAAUGAUCAGGAUAUCCAAAAAUUAAAAGAAGUGGAGGAAAAAAUUGUAGAGGCCAAUAAAAAAAGAUAUUCUGAUUUUACCUGA